AGUUCAGUUGUAAAAGUGAUACUGUGACGUCUAUGUGUUUCAUAAAUAUUUUUAUCAUCGUUAAUUCUACGUCUUAUUAUUAGUGAAGUUGUGAAUUUUCGUUAAGUUGGUAAAUUUCCCUAUUUAAGCUGUGGUGUGGGGAAAUCGUUAGUGACGACAGUGGUCACCCGGCGGGGCGGCUUGGCGCACGCCAGUGCGUGCUGGUCCGUCAUGUCCGCACGCCGCGUGCACUGCGCGCUGGCGCUGCUCGCGAUCGCGGCUGCCGCGCACGCCGUCAUCGACGAUGCGCUUGACGUUAUCCGCCUUAGCAAAGAGAUCGGCGAGGAAGUGCUCAACUCCUGGGACGUCAUAGGGAGGCCGUUCAAUGUGUCCGGUGGUGUGGAGCUGCCGCUCAUGAGGCGGCGGGAGCGGGAGGUGCUGGCAAGGCUGGCGCAGGUGUCGCGGACUAUAGAAAGGCUUGAACUUAGGAUAGAAAAACUGGGCUCCGUGGCUAUGUUCCUGGCAAAGGCCGGGGGAAGGGGCGCGAGGCUGGAGCUGCGAUUGCACGAGCUGGCGGAUCUGCUGAGCCGUGUGGCUGCGGCCAACCGGCAGAUGCGCGAGUACGUGCGUCUGCAGCAGGAGUUAGAGCGCGCCACGCUGGAGGACUUCGCACAGUGGUGCGUGUCGCACGACUCGGGAGCACUUCCCGGCCUGCUGGAGCGAGUGCAUUCCCUGAUCUCGCCACCGCACAAACAUUUAUUGGGCAGAGGCAUUCUGCAGCUUGCAUUGGACGACUUACAGGAGGACCAUCCGGAUCUGUGUGACCUUCAACUGUCUCCUCACCAGCUGAUAUACGAUAUGUACAACACAAUAUCACUCACAGAGAUCAAAGGAUACGCCAUGAUGCAGUUCUCUUGGAUGCUACUUAGGAUCUACGGGAAAGGCAACUUCACACAAGAGGCGAGCCUAACGAGAUCGAGGUACGGGGAGCGGUCAGCGCGGACAGCGACCGCCGCGAAAGCAGCCCUGGCCAUGGCCAGGCGAGACCUGUAUCGUUGCGACCCACCCAUACAUAAAGAAGGUGAAACAUACGCCGAAGUAACUCGUCUACUGCAAGGCUACAUAGAGAACGAGGUAGACAUGAACACGGAGGGUACAUGCCGCGACAACUGCGCGUAUUACACGCUCGCUGAACGACACGAUUGCUUCAAAGAUCAGUUCUGCGCAAAACAAGAAACAUGUAACGGAAGAAUCAUCAACUGUCAGUACAUCGAUUCGGAUAUGAGCGUGUGUCAAGCCAGCGGAAGAAACAACAAACGUCGAUAUGAGUGGAUAGAAUAUGAGAACGGAAGGAAGUUUGGCCAGUCGUAUAGCUGCUCGCGACUGCCUGAUAAGGUCGACUCUUGGUGGAAGUGGAAUCUCCUCCACUGCUCGUACUGCUUUUGCCUUUGCGAGGACGAUGUCAACAAAGCGGAACGCUUCUUUAGCUUGCAAGAAGCAUGCGCUGAUGACACGAAGAACAUGGUAGUGACUGGAAUACGUCUGGUGAAGCAUGGGAGGAUGUUCCACCUGCAGAUAAGCGAGGGUACGUUGGGUGAGCGCGGUGCGGUGAAGGCCGGCAGCUGGGUACCGAUACAGAAGUUCGAUCCUAACGACCAGAACGUAAGAGAAGGUACAGAUUACCACACGCUGACAUACGAGAGGAGAGCUAUAGAUCUUGAUGAACUAGACUCGCCUGUGGGACACGUUCUGACUGGAGUGAGGUUCCGUAUGAUCGGUGCGCACUUACACUUCGAGAUUCGGUCUACGCCCUUCAAUUAUACCACCGGUCGUCUCGCCUCCGAGAAAAGCAUUUGGAUUAGCAACGACAAUACUGAAGGAGCGGAUACGCCGAGGUCGCAACUAACAUUACACCGGCCGGACAUACCGACGCGCAGUCCGAUGCCUCUAUCGGUGGACUCCAAGCACGACCAGUUCAUCGAGUUUACUAACACAGACUUCGAGGCGGACGCCGCGCAGAGUACCGUGCCCUUUAUUGAUAUACAACCCCUACAGCCAUUGAAAGGUGGUGGUCUAGCUAGCGGGGCGGGGCUGGUGCACCGCGGCGCGCCGGGCUCGGGCGGGUUUAUCGCACUGAAGCUGUUCACGUACGACUACUCGCGGCACGUGCGCGCGGACGUGCCGCCCGGCGCAUACGAUGAUACCACCUCAGAGUUCACGCCAGUCAUCAAUUAAUUUAACAUAUACUCAAUACCUUAAUUAUAGUUGUAAUGUAAUUUUUCGUAAAUAAAGUCACGAUAAAAAUGA